AGGAUCUCCAUUUCCCUCAUUGGCUGAACCCAGUCACAUGACAGCAGAACGCGUUCGCAGCCAGGACGAGUUGUUCCAUCCAGAUAGUCCUCAUACAUAUCGUGUCAGACCCACAUACAGGGCUUUUAGAUGAGCAUCCCGGUGGUAGACUUCGGCGCGUCCAGCCUGAAUGAGGAAAAUGUUGCUGACGAGCAGAUUCACAAUUUAUCCAAAGAGCUGGAAUCAGCUUUGACUGGAGUUGGGUUCGUGUUUCUGCAGAACUCUGGGAUCACCCAGGAGGAGGUGGAUCGUGUUAUGGCCAUAUCCAAGACAUUCCUCCUGCAGCCGGAUGAAGAGAAGCAACCCUUCAGCAGGAAAAGCAUCGCCAACAAUCCCAACCACGGCUGGGUGCGUCUGGAGAUCGAGAGGUUGAAUCCUAAUCGCCCUGAAGACCUUAAGGAGUCAUUCAACGUUACUUCUCUUAAUCCUGACAUCAAAUGGCCAUCGGGUGCUGCAAAAGGGUUCCGGGAGAUCCAGACGUCUUUCUUCCGGCGCUGCACUGAGCUGGGUCUGCGGGUGCUGAGGGUGAUGGCCCUCAGUCUGGGUCUGGACCCCGAGGUGUUCCUGAGCGCGCACACUUUAAUAGGAAAUGAAGGGAAUUGCACAACACUGCGCUCUCUGUACUACCCGUCAGUAAACCACGAGAAAGUGAAGGAGGGUCAGCUGCGAUGUGGGGAACAUUCAGACUACGGCAGCAUCACCCUGUUGUUCAGCAGCUCCGGGGGUCUGCAGGUGCAGAGCCGUUCAGGUGAGUUCGUCUGUGUUCCCCACGUCCCCGGGGCGGUCCUCCUCAACGUCGCCGACCUGAUGCAGCGUUGGACCAGCGAUCGCUUUGUCUCUGUGGUCCACAGAGUUUUGCUGCCCCCUGUUGGAGACUCCAGCACACGUCAGUCUCUGGCCUUCUUCAUCCAGCCUGAUGACGAGGCUCUGAUCACCUGCUGCGACGGCUCCAGCAAAUACCCCCCAGUUACAGGAGGCGGAUACCUCAAUGAACGCUUCAAAGCCUCGUACGGACAAAACUGAAUCUCACACAACAGUUGAUUGUGUACCUGGAAUAUCCUUCACCAUAGUUACCUUUGUCCACAAUGAUCAACUUUAGAUCCCACACUGUUUUUACACUUUGAAUUUGACUGUUUAUUAAUAAUCAGUGAGCCAAUGUGUGUGACUAAAAGAAGAGACACAAACCUCA